AUGGAGCGAGAACAGGACACCGGAAUAUCCAUUCUUGUUGUUGGAGGUGGCAUUGCGGGUCUGACCUUCGCUAUUGAGGCUCAUCGAAAGGGUCACAAUGUUCGGGUAAUCGAAAGACGACCCCGCGGAGAGACUUUUGGCGAAAUUAUCGUGAUCUCGACUUCAGCUCUCCGUACCCCAGAGAAAUGGCCGGGCUUCUUGGAGCGCGCGAGGCGAGAGGCAAUUGCUCCAACGCUGAAUGUCAAGAAAUACGACGGGACGCUUGUCGGGUCCUUCCUCGUUGGUGACCCGAACAACCCAUCCCUGGCGAUCUAUCGAUCAAAGCUGCAUAAAGUUAUCUAUGAGUAUGUCUCGCAGCUCGGCAUACCGGUCGAAUAUUCUGCGACAGCUUCGGAUUUCUUCGAGGAAGGGGACCAUGCUGGUGUGAUCCUGUCUGACGGCCGCAGGCUGACAGCAGAUGUAGUGGUGGCUGCUGAUGGAGUUGGCACCAAAUCAUGGGCAUCGGUCGUCGGCAGCAAAGACACCCCCAUUAGCUCUGGAUUCAUCAUGUACCGAGUCACCUUCCCCGCGGCACUGGCGCUUGCGAACCCGGUCAUCGCGAAGGAGUUUGAAGGUUUCAAGGACCGUUCAUUCCUACACGCCGGUCCGGGGGCACACGUGGUUACUUGCAAGUCGGAAAAUGAUAUUUGUUGGCUGCUCACUCGCAGGGACGACAGCGGUGAUGACAAAGAAGACUGGGCCCAGGCCACGUCGACCGACAAAGCCCUUAAGGCCGUCGAGGGCUGGGAGCCGUUCAUGACCGAGCUUAUCAAUGCGACACCAAACCGCACUGUCCUUGAAUGGAAGCUACGCUGGCGUAACCCCCAACCGCAGUGGGCAUCACCUGGCGGCCGCAUUGUCCAGAUAGGUGAUGCUGCACAUCCAUUUCUGCCGACCUCGGCUAGCGGCGGGACUAUGGCCAUGGAGGAUGCGUAUUCCUUGGCGGCCUGUCUGCAGAUCGCAGGGAAGGACAACGUGCCUGUGGCAACGAAGGUGCAUAACCAUUUGAGGUUCGAACGAGUCUCUUGCGCCCAGAAGACGGGAUUCAAAAACCGCGAGCUGUUCCACAACACUGACUGGGAUGCUGUCGCCAAGAAUCCGGAAGUUAUGGGCAAGGUGGUCGGAAAGUGGCUGGUAUAUCAUGACCCAGAGCACUACGCGCAUGAGAACUACGACAAAUGUGCAGAGCACCUCCUCAGUGGUGCACCAUUUGAGAACACGAACGCCGUUCCUGGCUAUAAGUACAAGCUGUGGACUGUCCAGGAGCUCCUGAACGCUUCAGAGAGUGGAAAGCCUGUUCAAGAUGAAGGUGACUGGUCCUAA